CCCGCACGCAACGCCGACCGAGCCGAGACGACGAGAAGUGAGCGGCUCCCCCGGAAGAGGAAACCGCAAAGGAACCCGACCAGCCAUCCCUUCCCUCCAUCGAUCCGGCAGGGGCGGCGCGGCGUUCUAGCUAGCGAUAAUGGUGGUGGAGGGGAUCACCGAGGGCGUCAAGAACCUCACCGUGGCCGGAGAUGCGGCGGCUUCAGGCGGCGGCGGCGGCGGCGGCGGCGAGGGGCAGAGGAGGGGCGCCGGCGGCGGUAGCAGCAACCGCAUCCAGGUGUCCAACACCAAGAAGCCCCUCUUCUUUUACGUCAACCUCGCCAAGAGGUAUAUGCAGCAGCACGGUGAUGUUGAGCUCUCCGCGCUCGGGAUGGCCAUUGCAACAGUUGUGACCAUUGCGGAGAUUCUGAAGAAUAAUGGGUUUGCUGUUGAAAAGAAGGUUAGGACAUCUACUGUGGAAAUAAAUGACGAAUCGAGAGGGCGCCCCUUCCAAAAGGCCAAGAUUGAGAUAGUGCUAGGAAAGAGUGACAACUUUGAUGAGUUGAUGGCUGCUGCUGCGGAAGAGAGAGAAGUGGAAGAUGGUGAAGAGCAGGCUUAAAAAAGAGUACUAGCGACAAGCGACUGUUGUGCUCUGUUUGUAUUGUUUAAUACUGCGUGCACAAGAGAUGGCAUGCGUUCUUGUUUAACUAUAUUUCCAUGGCAGUGCCUGUGAUGGAUGUUGAUGAUUUCUUCACAUUUUGAACAGCUAUUUCAUUUGUUUCUUUGGUUA